AUGAGUGAAUCAAAUGAAAUUGAAAAAAACCUUCAAAAUUAUGAUGACGAAGAUAUAAAAAGUAUUGAUGAGGAAGAAAAUGAGGAAGAUAGUGAACCAAUGAUUAGUGAAGAUGAAUUAGAACUUUCUCCCAGAAGAAGAAUUAGUUCUUCAAAAAAAAAUAUUAAUGAAUUAGUUUUGAAUAAUACAAAUAUUCAACAAGUUUUAAAACUUCCACAUAUAUUUUCAAAUAAUCAAGAAAUAUAUUUUUUAAAUUGUGAGAAAAAUACAAAUAAAUGUAAACAACUAAUUGAGCAAUCUUUAAAUGACUCAAAAUAUUAUAAUGAAUAUGCUGUUCAAAUGUCUGGAUAUUUAAAUUUUUGUAAUUUAGAAAUUUCAAAAGCAAUAUCAUGUUAUGAAAUUGCUCAUAAACUAAAUAGACAAAACUCAAAAUAUAUUUUAGAUUUAGGUCGGAUAAAUUAUUUGUUUGGAAAUCAUUCCCAAGCUUUAGUUUAUUUUACAAAUGCUAUUAAAAUGUUUCCAAACAAUUGGAAAGCAUAUUGUUGGAAAGCUUUGACUAUAUAUUAUCAAAAUAAAAAAACUUAUGAAGCAUGUAAUAAAGCAAUAGAAGUAUUACUAACUUAUUCAUCAGCAUCUAAAAAUCCUGAAAUACUUACUUUAAUUGCAUUUUUUUGUAGAAAAAAAGGUGAUCUAUUUUCAUCAUCUGAAGCAUUAAAAAAAGCUAGUGAUAUGGAUAAUUCAAAUAUAGAAUUGUUAAAACAAUUAGGUUAUGAUUAUCUUGAUAUUCAAUCAGAAGAAUUAGCUUUUGAAUCUUUUGGAAAAGCAUUAACAUAUAAUAAUUCACAUAUUCCUAGUAUUGUAGGUGCAGCUUACAUUAUACAAAGUAAUGGGGAUUAUGAUGUUGCUUUAACAAAAUACAGGCAUGCUAUAAAUAUUUGUAAUUACAGUGGAGCUAUAUGGAAUAAUAUUGGAAUGUGCUACUAUGGUAAAGGAAAAUAUAUUACAGCUAUAUCAUGUCUUAAGAAAGCAGAUUACUUAAUUCCUCAAAAUUGGGAAAUAUUAUUUAAUAUUGGUUUAGCUUACAAUGGAUUAACACAGUAUGCUUCUGCCUAUCAAUACAUAUCUUCCGCUCUUAAUUUACAACCAAGAAAUGCCUUUAUUCUUGAAGCUCUUGGAGUUGUUUUAAAUCAUUUAGGAGAUAUUGAAAAUGCUAGAAAAGCAUUUAAAAAAGCAAUAUCAAUUGACAAGUCUAAAACUGCAGGUUUCUAUUUAAAUUUUGCCAUUUUUGAAUAUAAAAAUGGUGAAAUUGAAGAAAGUAAAAAUCUUAUAAAUAAAUAUUUUAAUCUCAUUGAAAUUGGUACAAAAGUAGACAUUGAAUCAUCAUAUAAUGCAAAACGUCUUCAAAAAGUAUUAGAAAAAUUAAAUUAA